AUGUUAGGAGCAAGUAGUAGUGAGGAGGAAGAUGACGAUUUCCAGGACGAGCACGAGUCGCAAGUGAGUAAAGAAGCAGAUAUUGGCCACACAAGUACCCUUGUUCGGGAGGCCCGCCGUCGAAAUUGCGAAACCCAUAGGGCCGUUGUGCUCCAUAACACAACCAUUUUAGCAGCGGCGAAUGGGAUUUGCCGGCUUGACAAACAGUUGUUUUCAGAUGCCGAUUGCGCAGGUCAAAAAGCGCUCGUUGCUUUCGGGGGGCGUUACGCCACGGAGCAGCUCGCCGGCUCCGUCGGACUCGGUAUCGCAGUCGAAUUCGCUGAAAAGGAAUAAUUCGAAUUCACAGGCCAAAAGAAAAGAUUCGGUGCAAAGUCAGACACCCGCACGAUCGGUGAGUCUUUUGUGGUAAUACUGGAAAGGGGAUAUGAAAGGGUGAAACACAAAAAAAAUAAGUUGGGAAAGUUCAGCCGAUGCGAAUGAACGCGCCGUCGCCGAUGCCCCAGGUAAGAGACGGAAUGCGUGUAGAAUGUGACUCUGAAAUCUCCUUCUAACCACUCCUUACUCCCCUAACUCUCUCUUCUUCUCUGCAACCAACCUGUUUCUCUCUCUCUCUUUCUUCUUCUUCCCUUCCAAUCUUUGCUCGAACCUGCCUGCACACUUCGUCGUAUUUCACGAAAUUCGAGUCGUUUUCACACUUGCGUCGCCUUGAGUGAUCGAAUAAUUCACGAGCAUUUUCGGGGAACAAAACGAGACUCUCGUCGCCCUGCCAGCACACGUUUUGAAUGGUUUCUGAGCACUGAACGAACCGAAAGUGUGUCAGACUUCUCCCCACCGAACUAACAGAUAACAUGUCACUUUCUGUUAGCAUGUGGAUAAAAUUGAUGGGAAAAGAAUUUGGAACAUUCUGAUUUCAGACCAGGACAAUGUCGAACGUCUCGAAGCCAAUAAUGCAGAGUUCAACAGAAUUCGACGGCGAGGAAGAGGGAGAAGAUGAGAGUUCAACGACUGUCGUGCCGAACGGAGACGAUAUGGGUCCGGCGUUGAGCAAGGAGGAACAGGAGCGGAUACGGUAGUUGAUUCCACUUCUUCCCCAUUUCAACUCGUCCCCCACUUCAGAGCCGAAAAAGAGGAAGAGGACCACAAGAAGAAUCUUCAAAUGUACUGUUUUCUGGCCAGAUGCGUAGCAUAUCCAUUCAAUGGACAGCAGACUGGCGACAUGGCACGACGGCAGAUGAAGGUGAAUAAGCAGGAGCUGGCGAGGAUCCGCGAGCGGUUUACGUUGUUCCUCAAAGGAGAAACGAACAUUGCGGCCGACGAGGCAUUCACAAAAGCCAUCCAGAGCUAUUUCGAAGUGUUUCUGAAGUCUGAAAGGGUACAAAAAGUGGUGCAUGCGGGCGGAUUCUCGCAGCACGACUUCCGGGAAGUCUUCCGGUUAAACAUCGAAAAACGGAUACGGAGUCUGCCGGAUAUCGAAGGUCUCUCCAAGGAAACCGUUCUCAAUUCGUGGCUAGCCAAAUUUGAUGCGAUUAUAAAAGGAGACGAGAACGAUCAGAAUAGGAAUGCUAGGUGAGCAGACAUCCCGUUCUUUCAAUUCUCAGCGAAGUGAUUUCAGAGGUCGAACUCGUAAUGCGCAGACUUUGAUGAGUGCAGACGCGGUUCUCGGGAAGGAGCAGUUGUAUGACGUGUUCCAGCAAAUUCUUGGAAUCAAGAAAUUCGAGCAUCAGAUAAUUUUCAAUGCUCUCCAACUGGAUAAUCCGGAUGAACAGGCGGCUGCGAUCCGGAGAGAAUUUGCGACGAGAGAAGAAGCACUGAAAGAUCCGAUGAAGGUGAGCACGGAAGGGACGAUGACUCAUAGAAACGUCAUCGGGUUCAGAUGAAGAGGAUAACGCCAAAGUUCGUGGUGAAAGACAUGGAAACACUGUACAUGGACGAGGUGAGAAUGUCAAUCAACACGCUCAUCUCGAAUCUGGAGACAGUUCCCGUGACGACGCGCGGGCAGACUGUCGGCAAGCGGAAAGACAAGAGUCGGUGAGUGCUGCUCGCGGAGCCCGUUCCCGUUGCGUCCGUCCGUCCACUCCACUAGCACUAGACUCGGUUCCUCCCUUCUUGUCCCGUUUACAGUCCGUUUUCAGCAACCAGACCAAAAACAAACGGUAUGUGUCUUUUAUGUGAAGAGCGAAAAGCAAGCAAGCAAUCACACCACGGCCAGAAAAGAAAGAAUCCACGUGUCAUGCUGCCAGUUCUAGAGCGCACACUUCUACUAACUUCUACUGUGUCUGUCCUCUUCCUAACUAUCACUUCUACUUCUCCUUCUUCUAUUUUCUGUGCACUCGUAGUAGUUCGCUGCCUUCUUCUUCUUCCGCUCCGUAUUCUUCUUCUAAGCCUUUCUUUCCCACUUCUUCUUCUUCUUCUUUGCUCUCGCCGUUCAGUUCGGAAGUCUCUCUCACUAAGUUCUUUGUCACCACCACCCGAUUCCUUCGUCCUCGUUCCAAUCGUCUCGUCCCGACUGAUUCACCAACUCACCAACUCAGCACAUGUCAUGAAUGCUGCCACGUGUUCACUGCCGUCCAUCUAUUUAAUCCUCUCUUUUUUUAGAUCCCGCAGUAUUGAGGACUUGUCGCUCUUCAACAGGUUUGUUCGUUCCUCGCCCGCCCGCCCACACAUAAACACUUUCUCAUUUCGCUUCCCCUGCUCCAAUCGCUUUCCCGUCGUCUCGAUACUAACUCUUUCCUUUUGCCUCAAACUGACUGUCCAAUCUGUCUUUGCACGAAAGCUGAGAAAGAGAGAGAGAGAGAGAGAAAGUGACGAAGCCUUCCUUUUUUAUUAUUUUCCAUUUUCACUUUCCCGCCGAAUGCGUCGCUGCCUCAAUUCGUGCUGUGUCUUCAUUCUUUUUUGGCUGAAACCAUUCAUUCUUGGCUGCGAACGAAAAUGAGAUUAAAUGAAAUAAAAGCAUGGCAAAGCAUUCAUUUCCGAACAAAAAGAAGCCCCCACACAAAAAUGCCUAUAUUUCCGCCUAAAUGUGUUUUGACCGCCCGCCCGCCGGCUUCCGAACGUGCUUGUCUCUGCCUUUCGCGCGUCCGGACCGCUCGUUGCUUUCAGUUUAAAACGAAGGACCAGCUCGGGCAGUCUGAACAAGGGCGACAGCGACGACGGCGACGUCACGCUCACCAAGUCGGAUGUGUCGUUGGCGCUGAGCAUGGAGGUAGAGAGCCUCGCUAAGGAAUGGAUGUCACUCAACUCUUUCAGGUGGUCGUGAUGGAGGUGCAGGGACUGAAGUCGGUGCAGCCGAGCAAGAUUGUGUACUGCACGAUGGAGGUGGACGGACACAAACUGCAGACGGACCACGCGGAGGCGUCGAAGCCCAAGUGGGACACUCAGGGAGACUUUUCCACGAAGAACCCGUUGCCGGUGGUCAAAGUGAAAUUGUACACGGAAGUGAAAAGUAUGAUUGCAUUCGAAGAUAAAGAACUCGGAAAGGUAAAGCAUGAUAAAAAGAAGCCAAGGGAAGUGAACCUCUUCUGUUUCAGGUGAUCAUCCAACCGACGCCCAACUGUUCGAGGACUCCCGAGUGGUACACGAUGACAUUGCCGAAAAACAGUCAGGAUCUGAAUCUGAAAAUUAGGAUAGCAAUUCGAGUAGAGAAACCGCCGAAUCUCAAGUAUUGCGGCUACUGCUACUGCAUCGGAAGGAACGCGUGGAAGAAGUGGAAAAAGCGGUUCUUCUGCCUCGUCCAGGUCUCGCAGUACGCGUUCGCAGUGUGCAGUUUCCGACAGAAGAAAGCCGAUCCGACGGAGUUCAUUCAGUUGGACGGGUUCACAAUUGAUUACAUGCCGGAGUCUGAUCCAGGUAAGCGAAAACGAAUUUUAAUUCAUUAUGAACUGUCAAAGCGUGUAUUUCAGAAUUAUCUGCACAAGGUGGGAAGCACUUCUUCACUGCCAUCAAAGAAGGAGACGAGUUGAAGUUUGCGACAGACGAUGAGAACGAGCGACAUCUCUGGGUGCAAGCACUGUACAGAGCCACCGGACAGGCGUACAAGCCGGUGCCGCCGAAACAGUCGACGAUCGCUCCGAAAGCGCAGGGAUUCCAGGACAAAGCGAGCAAACACGGAAUGGAUGCGUUGAUUCAGGCAGACUCCAUCAACUUCGAUCACGAUCAUCUGUUCGCGGACAUCCAGCAGCUCACUUUGGAUUUCCGAAUCAACGAGCCGAUUUGCUCUCUGGUCAGUCAAAACUAAAGAACUUCUGCUUGAAUUCUUCUUCUGUUUAGGGAUGGUUCUCUCCCGGACAGGCUUUUGUGCUGGAAGAGUAUUCGGCGAGGUACAUGGUCCGCGGAUGCUUUCGCCACGUCACUCUUCUCUCGAAUCUUCUGGACAAAGCCGACGACGGACUGCUCAUCGAUCCCGCUCUCAUCCAUUACUCGUUCGCAUUCUGUGCAUCCCACGUGCACGGAAACAGGUGUCAGCCCGAUCGACAGGGACCGGAAGGGGUGGGAACGGUGACGCAGGAGGAGAAGGAGAAGUUCCAGGAGAUAAAGGAACGGCUGAGAGUGCUUCUGGAGAAGCAGAUCACCAACUUCCGGUACUGUUUCCCCUUCGGAAGACCGGAAGGGGCGCUCAAAGGGACUCUGGGCCUUCUGGAAAGGGUUUUGAUGAAGGACGUAGUGUCCCCAGUGCCUCCGGAAGAGGUCCGAGCGGUUAUUCGAAAGUGUCUCGAGGACGCCGCAUUGGUGAACUACACACGGAUUUGCAACGAAGCGAAGAUCGAACGUAGGCCCAGAAGAGAUCCACUGAGGAUGUGUUGAAUUGCAGAGCGAAUGGGCGUGGAUGUGAGUCCGGCGCAACGGAUCGAGGAUAUGAUCCGAGUGACGGAGUUCUGCAUCGACCUGCUCAAGGAGAACGAGGAGCACCACGGAGAGGUGAGCGAGGGGCGGAGUCCCGCACGGGAAUGAACGAGUCCGGAAUGCCUCUCACUAUCAGAGAGUUCUUCUCCAUUUCCUUCUUUUCUUUCCUAUCUUCCUUUCGAAUUCCCCCCAACACUAACCACAUAUUUUAGCAGCUGCGAGGGGUACGUUCCACGUCUUCCGACCUCUUCUAUCCGUUUGUUUUCCCCCGCCCAAUGUGUUUCCAUUUUCCCCCUCCUUUGUUCCUGUUUUCUUUUUUUCAAUUUUAGUUCCGUUCCCGACUAAAUCACCGCUUCUUUUCCCUUUUAAAAAGUGCACAUUUUCUUCGCUAAUCCCUUGUUUAGCCGUGCCGUUUUCAGAGUGUUUUCCCAAUGUUUUUAGCUUUUUCCACAUGUUUUCUCUCCGGAAUAAUGCCGUUUCUUUUAGGCGUUCGCGUGGUUUUCCGAUCUGCUCUCUGAUCACUCUGAAAUCUUUUGGUCUCUUUAUUCGGUCGACCUCGAUUCGGCGCUCGAAGUUCAGCCGCACGACUCCUGGGAUUCGUUCCCGCUCUUCCAAAUGCUCAAUGACUUCCUUCUUUCCGAACGUAAAGAACUUUCUCGGAAAUUCAGAAGACGUUUAUCAUUUCAGCGAGUCUCAAGGGAGGCAUUUUCCACAAUAAGAUCGUCCAACAGUUCCAACCGCUCGUCGUCCGCUACAUUGAUCUCAUGGAACACUCGAUCGCGCAGGCAAUCGACAAGGGAUUCUCGAAAGAGAAAUGGGAAUCCAGGAAGUGAGGACUGAUUCUGAUUCCGUUCCCGAAAACGUGUUGAUUGCAGAGAAGGAUGCGCGACUUCCGAAGAUAUUUACUGGAAACUCGACGCGCUUCACACGUUUGUGAUCGAUUUGAACUGGCCGGAAGAGGACUUCCGCAAGUAUCUGCAGACGAAAAUGAAGAGUCUCACUUCCGACAUGAUAUCAAAAGUGUCCGAUUGGUAUGCAAUCUUCACGUCCCCCGCACAAUUUCAUCCGUUUUCAGCACGUUCACCGCAUUCGACGGCUGGAUGCAAAGGGCGAAGAAAUCAACGGAUUACAUGCUUCCGUCGGAAGUCUGUGUCCAGAUCAACGUGAUGUUCAGCUCGAAAAGCCGGGCGGUCCGAGUGACCGUCGACUCGGGAGAGUACAAAUACCAAUCGAAACUGGACGAGACUCUCGAGACGAUGCUCAAAACAAUGGAAUCUUGCAUUCAGGAGAAACUGCUCGGCGUGCUCGAGUCGGUGCUCUCUCGAUUGGCGCGUUACGACGAAGGAAAUCCGAUCGGCGCGUUCCUCAACAUUGCUCCGAAGCCCGGCUCCAUCUUCAAUAAACUGAAGACUAUGGCUGGAGACACUUCUGCACAGACCACCACCACUGCGGUAACCCAUUUAUUGAAUUCUGUGGACCUUUUUUCUCUUUUUCAGCGCCAGCCACUGACUGCUCAACAGUCGUCCGGACAGAUCGGAAACUCGUACGUCACCUUCUUCCGCGGGUGCACCGAACUGCUCCGGCAAGUGGUGAUCGACGAGCUCUGGGUGAAUUGUCUCUUUGAACACUGGCAAGUGCCCCUCCCGAUUCCACUUUCGUUUAUUUCCUCGUCUUCCAGGUACGAUCAUCAGAUGAAAGCGAUCAACGAAUGGCUGACGGAAAGACUGCAACAGUCACUGAGUGCCACGCAGUUCAUUUCGCUUUCGAACAUUGUCAAGAAAGUGUACGGAGACUUCGAGCUGCAGGGAAUCGACGAGGAGAGGCUGAACAGCAAGACGUACCAGUCGAUCAGUCGGCGGUUGCAGCUCGAAGAGAGCAACUCGCACAUUCAAGAAGGUAAACGCCGAAUGAUUUGAUGUCGUGUGCUUUGAUUGAACCAAAUGAAACGAAUUGUAUCGUGUUUUAUCGGACUUAUUACAACGCCUUUUUAGAGUAGAUAUGACCACUACGGUAUCUCGUUUUUCAUGGCGUGGUAAGGAACACUUCACGUUAAUAAACUAUUUCCGUGAACAUUUCAUAUGGCUUGGCAGUGUCGUCCUUGACAACUUUAAGAAAACAGCAUGAACGGGGGAACGGGUUAUUCUGAAUUUCUUUGACCACCACUGCACUUUCCCCCGCACACUUCCUCAGUUACUUCUAUCUUCUUUUCGUUUCAGCUGCCGCAAACGGAUCCGCCUCGAGUUCUUCGGUCUUCCCGACGUCUCUCGGCAACGCGACAGCCGCCGUUUCGAACAUGUCGAGUAUGGUGGAGGGCGCCGGGGCCAAAAUGUUCUCCCUUUUCAAAUAG